CAUGAGUUGAAAUUGGGUCGGAUCUUUAUAUCAUCCCACAAAAGUCCUCUUCUUCAGUCUUCACUUCCAUAUCCACCAUUUUUUUCGUCACUCUUGACUUACCUCCUUUUCAAUGGAACCCAGAAUGAUCCAAGCUCUAGUAUUUUUAUCUCUUCUUUUUGUUUCCUCGAUCUGUCAAGCUUCGAUGUUUCAUCCUGUUUCAGAUUCGCACAGAUCUGCUGCGGGUCAAGUUUUUAAGCCAAUUGAUGGAUCAUUCAAAAGCCUUGAAGACACAUAUCAGGCUUUACGAACUUUUGAGAUCCUUGGAAUUGGAAAAGAUCUUGAUAUAAGUACCUCAACAUGCACAUUGAUUUCAGAGACAUUGAAGUCUACAUCUGCUAGUUUGAAGGAUGUCAGUUUUGCAUUGAAAUCAAACCAAAUUCUAAAAUGCAAGGUUGAUGGAGAGGAUUUUAAGGCUGUCAGUUCGAGACUGCAAGCUGCAAUCACUAAAGCAAACUCACUGCUUGACUUCUACUACUCGGUUGGAAGCUUGAUGCUACUUAAGGAUCAGGCUUCUCAUUUGAAUAUCCAGCUUGAAAACGCUGAACAAGUUUUUCGUUCUAUUAAGGCUCUUGGUCAAAGUGAUGGAAGAUGGCGAUACAAUUCUAACAAAACCGAGUCCAGUACCCAUGCUGCCGGAAUUGCUUUUCAAACUCUUGCUGCAAUUGUGCCAUUAGCAUCAGCUGAGAUUGAUCAAUCAUUGAUUGAUACAUUGAAGAAUGACAUAGUGAAACUUUUUGACAGCAUUGAGAAGUAUGAUGAUGGGGCCAUGUUCUUUGAUGAUAAGGUUGUUGAUGCCGAUGAAUACCAAGGCCCACUUUCAACUACAUCAUCUGUUGUUCGAGGGCUCAUGGCUUUUGCUGAUGUAGCUUCUGGGAAGUUAGCUGUUCCAGGGGACAAAAUUUUGGGAUUGGCAAAAUAUUUUCUUGGCAUUGGGGUGCCUGGAAAUUUCAAUGAUUUCUUUGAUCAAAUUGAUGCUCUAGCUUUGUUGGAAAACAACAGCGUGUCAACCCCAUUGAUCUUGUCUCUCCCUUCUACUGUGAUAUCCUUUACCAAGAAUGCCCAGCUUAAGGUUAAAGUAAGCACUGUUCUUGGGUCCGCAGCACCUCCUUUGACCGUGAAAAUCGUGCAAGCUGCCAGUUCUGAUUCGAAGAAUGCUCCGAUAAUUGAGAACCAGGAACUCAAGUACGAUGUUGUUACUGGAUACCAUGUAUUGGAUGCUUUGCCAAAGGACUUUGAUGUUGGGAAAUAUGAAUUUGUUUUCAAGAUUGCUCUCAAUAAUCCAAGCCAGAGUGAUAAGUAUGCGACAGGAGGCCGAACUUGGGUCAAAGUAUACUUCACCGGAGAAAUUAAAGUAGAAAAUGCCGAGAUAUCUGUCCUUGAUAGUGAUCUUAGCAAUGUGGAAUCUAAAAAGUUAGAUUUGUCUGUAGAUAGUUCAAUUUCGCUGUCAGCAACUCAUCUUCAGAAGCUGCGCCUCAACUUUCUGUUGGCAUCACCAUCAGGGAAGGCAUUCAAACCCCAUCAGGCAUUGUUGAAGCUGAGACAUGAGACAAAUGUUGAGCAUGUAUUUGUGGUUGGGAAUUCAGGGAAAAAGUUUGAAAUCUUAUUGGAUUUCCUUGGACUAGUGGAUAAGCUCUUUUACCUCUCUGGCAAAUAUGAUCUUCAACUAACAGUCGGAGAUGCUGUCAUGGAAAACUCGUUCUCUCGGUCCUUGGGUCAUAUCGAUUUAGAUCUUCCUGAAGCACCUGAAAAGGCAACUCGUCAACCUCUUCAGCCAACGGACCCUCUCUCGAGGUUUGGACCCAAAGCAGAAAUAGCACAUAUUUUCAGAGCUCCAGAAAAGCGUCCACUUAAGGAACUAUCUCUUGCUUUCUUGGGCCUUACCCUUGUCCCACUUGUAGGAUUCCUGAUUGGGCUGCUUCGCCUUGGGGUCAACUUCAAGAACUUCCCGAAAGCAUCAGUACCUGCUACAUUUGCUGCACUCUUCCAUGUCGGAAUUGCUGCUGUACUCUGCCUCUAUGUGCUUUUCUGGCUGAAGUUGAAUUUGUUUACAACACUGAAGUACUUGAGCUUCUUGGGAAUUGUCUUGAUAUUUGUUGGUCAUAGGACUCUUUCCCACCUCGCCUCAGCAUCUGCCAAAUUGAAAUCUACGUAAGGAAUAGGCUUUGAUCGCUUGAUAUGUUUUCGGGGCACGAAUUUACAUGCGAAAUCACCUUUCGGAAACUUGACAAAAAUGUUUAGACUCAAUUUUGUAGAAUUCGUUUCUCUUGAGAGUACAUGCUAUAGUGUAGUUUUUUUAAGAGAAUUGUAUACAUAUAUUUACUUCUACAUCUAUUUGCAUUUUCUCUUCAAUGAAGUUCAUUUUCCAA